CCACCAGCUCAGUCCGCGCCGCGCGCCGCCUCGCCACCGCCGCGUCCACCGCCUCUCGUGCACCAUGCGGUUCUCCGCCAGGGGCUGGUGCUGGACCGGCGUCGCCGGCGUCCUCCUCGUCGUCCUGGCCGCCCUCCUGGGCUGGGUGGCGUUCCCCUACUUCGUGCACCUCCUCAUCGGCAAGGAACUGGCGCUCAAGGAUGGCUCGGACGCGUAUGACCGCUGGGUGACCCUGCCCAUCGACCUCGACCUGAAGCUGUCCAUCUUCAACGUGACCAACAAGGAGGAGAUCAUGAGGGGCGCCAAGCCGAAACUGCAGGAACUUGGGCCCUACGUGUACAAGCAGCACCGCCACAAGGUGAACAUCAAGUACGACGAGGAGGCCGACACCUGGACGUACCGCCAGAUCCUCAUCCACACGUUCGACGCGGAGCAGUCCGCGCCGUUCAAAGAGGACGACGUGGUCACGACGAUCCACCCCGCGCUCAUGAGCAUGAUCAACAUCAUGACGAACAUCCCCGUGCUGGCCAAGGGCACCAUGUUCGUGGACGCCGCCGCGCCCCUGCUGUUCCCGGACGGCAUCUUCCUGACGACCACGGCCGGCGCGCUGCUGUUCGGCGGCGUGCACAUCGCGUGCGGCAAGCUGGGGUCGGGCUCGGACGCGGACAGCCCCGCCUUCAGCAUGGCGGCGCAGAACCCCAUCGCCAACCUGGCGGCCGGGAAGUGGCAGCGCAACGCCAACGCGCCCUCCUUGAAGCCCCGCCUCGCCGCGCUCAUCACCUGCUCCUCCUUCAAGCACAUCAAGGUGCCCACCAUGAAUGUGCUGGACAACGGGGACGUCUCCUUCUCCCUCUUCGGCUAUAAAAACAACACGGCCGACGGCGAGUACACCGUCAAAUCCGGCAUCACCCAGCCGGAGGAGAUCGCGCAGAUCACGGCCUGGAACGGCAAGGCGACCACGACGGCGUGGGGAGGACCGACGUGCAACGCCGUCAACGGCACCCAGGGCGACAUCUUCAGCCCCUACAUCGAGAAGACCAGCACCAUCAGCGUCUUCUCCACGGACAUCUGCAGGUCCAUGACCCUCAAGUACCUGGAGGACGCCAGCUACCGCGGCAUCCCUGGCUACCGCUUCGCGCCCGGCUCGGAAGUGAUGGCCAGCGCCGCGGACAACGGCAACAACUACUGCUUCUGCCCGCAAGUGGCGCGCGGGCUCACCAAGGAGAACGGCUGCCUCAAGAAGGGCGCCCUCGACCUGUCCGGCUGCCAGGGCAUCCCCAUCAUCGUCACGUACCCCCACUUCUACGAGUCCGACCCGUCGUACCUGGACGGCGUGGAGGGCCUCAACCCGCAGGCGGAAUUGCACCGAAUGCAGCUGGACAUUGAACCGAUGACGGGCACGCCGCUGCACGGCGGUAAGAAAAUGCAGCUCAACUGGAUGGUGCGGCAGGUGGAGGGCUUCGAAUUGACCAAGGGGGUGCGCCCCACGCUGUUCCCCGUGGCCUGGAUGUACGAGGGCGCGGCGCUCAACACGCCCAUGGUGGACCUGCUGAACGGGCUGCUCUUCAGCAAGCUGACCAUCCUGGACGCCGUCAAGUACACCCUGCUGUCGCUGGGCCUGCUGCUGUUCCUCGUGGGCGCGGUCAUGUACUACCGCGUCCGGCGGUCGCCCUCCGCGGUCCGGCCGCAGUCCCCGGAGGCGCCACAGAGGCCGUCCGACCGCGCCACGAGCGCCGCCGGCGACGUGGGGCUGAUGGCCCCCGGCCCGCACGCCGCCCCGAACGGCGCCGUCGGCGACAUGGCGGAGACCAAGUUGCAGGCCGGCGUCAACGGCAGCGCCAACGGCAACGCCUAGGACGCCGCCGUCCAGCGUUUGAGGUCCGCGAGUCCGUGGGGGACUCCGCCUCGUCGCCGGGGCCUUGUCGGCCCGAGGCGGCUCUCCUCCGAAGCCUCGACGCCGGCCGUACCCUCCCCGACGAACUGCGACGGGCACGUGCAACGGCCCGGGCAACCAACAGGGUAAAACGUGGCCUGGGAGGCGCCCCGCGCCCCGAGGCGCGUUAAGCAAAGGUCUGUGAUUUAGUCUAAGUGCGCGUUUUUCGCCAGCUGGGACAUUCAUUUCAGCAGUAGUCAGUCUUCCUUUUCUCUCUGGAAGGAGCUCCGUCCGCGUAUCAAUUUCCGGACCACGUACGACCGCCGCCGGGCCCGCUGGGCUGGGUGCGGAGUUCAGGAACGGACCCAUUCCCCGUUUCCUCAAUCUCCGUCAAGGUUGGUCAAGCUACGUGUGCGGCUUGUACGGCUUCAACGCUCUUUUACUUUGUCAGAUAUGUGAUAUGCCUUCUGAGGAGAUGAAAAACUGUGAAAGCGACUGUUCAUCCGAUUUUUCUCGCAUUGUUCAAGACUAAAACUUUAUUGACUCUCGCCAUGUUACUUUGAAAAAGGCGAAAACCUAACGGAUAUUUUAUUACAUUGACCCAUGUGCCAUGGAAAUAUGUCAAUAUGCGGAAAACCGACUCUAUUUUACCAUUACUUUUAUUGUGUAACGAAAUGCUCAACCACUCUGUAAGAUCGUUUGUAUGCGUUGUCUCAAAGAGGAUGUACAACUUCGAACUAGAAAUGAUUCAUCGUUGUCUCUUGUAGUAUUUACGUGGUGCCGUACUGAAAUUAAUUUAGAUACCAUAUAUAGCGUUGCAACCAACUUUCCAUUGUGAUAGGUGAACUAUAUUAUCUAAGAUAGCGUCGCCUGUUGCGUCCGCACGCUUCGAGUGCUUCGCAGCUACCGAGCAAACAAAACCAUAAGCUGGUCAACAACAGCUUGCAAUCUCAAAUCCGGCCCCUCGGCUGAGCAGUCCACAAAGUCCCACCCACCUGCCUGUCAUUCAUACGUAUCUUUUUGACUGACUUGUUUUGAAACAAUUUGCUCAAUGUUCUCCCUCGAGAUUAUUAUAAACUUUUAACUGUGAGAAAUAAAUAUAUAAGUGUAUAGUAGUAUUUCUGUGUUGGGAUGUGUCCUUUUUGUUUUAGGAAAAUAAACGAAGCAGAGACGAC